AUGGCCGUUAUCAAAUGGGAAGAUGAAGUUGAAAAGCGUCUUAUCAAUUAUAUGAAUUAUGACUCAACUACUGGACAUGAGGGUACAUUUUUUCUUCUAAAAAUACAGGAAGAAACCAGAUUGAUUUCAGAGUCUUUUGGAGAAUUUGUGUCUGAAGAUUUGGAACAAAAUGGGUGGAAUGUUAUGAAGCAAUAUUUGCCAAAUUCUACACGUUUCAAUGUUUUUGCAACUUUCAAUAACUCGGAUCCGAAAAGUGAGAGAUUUUUUUUUUAUUUUGAGAAAGGAGAAGAGCAGAUGUUUUUGAAAAUUGGAAAAUUUAUAAAAAAAUUUUAUUUUUGAAAAAAUUAUCAAGAAAACAUAGUUUACAUAAUGAAAAUAUGAAACAAACUUUUUUUUGUGAAAAAUCUAAAAUUUGAGAUAAAAAUUCAGAAUUUCCAAAAUUUUGAAGAGACCCUUUUCAGAAAAAAAUCACAAUUUUUUUCUUGAACAUUUCUGAAAUUCGGUCCAGUCUAUUAGCAAACUAUCAAAACACAUUCGACCGUUGUUUGAAACCAAUUAUCAUCGCAUUUAUGUAGUUUUCUAAAACGAUUUCUCGGUUUCAAUUUCCAAUUGGCAAUUUCGAAAUUUCUAGUUUGAAAGAAAAUGACCACCACAAAUUGUAGACAUAAAAUUUCUUCUGAACACACAUCUCGACACAGUUCCUCCGUUUAUUGCGCCAACACAAGACGAAACAAAGAUCUUUGGAAGAGGUUCAAACGAUGCUAAAGGUUGUAAAAAUCCAUGAUUUUCGAUCGAAUACAAUUUUAUUUUAGGCCAACUUGCCGCAAUGGUUACAGCUGCUACAAUUAUCGCAAAAACUGACGAAAAUGUUGCGAGAAAUAUCGGAUUAUUGUUUGUUGUUGGAGAAGAAGUGGAUCAUGUUGGAAUGAUUGUAAUACCUGAUUUGUUUAACUAGAAAAAAUGUUGUUUUGUAUUUGUUUAGGAAGCGAAUAAGCUGGAAAUCCUACCUGAAUUUUUGCUUGUUGGAGAACCGACGGAAUUGAAAUUUGGAACUAUUCAAAAAGGGGCCUAUAAGGUAACUUAUUUAUAUAUGCACAUAAAUGUGAGGGAUUUAAGGUGAGAUUGACUACAACAGGGGUUGCUGGACAUUCGGGAUAUCCAAAUUCUGGAAGAAGUGCGAUUCAUGAAAUGAUUGAUGUUUUGGCAGAUGUGAAGGCUUUUGCUUGGCCAAAGGAUUCAACUUAUGGUAAAUCGAGAGCCAAAAAUUCAAAUAUAUACAUUUUCCCCAGGUGACACUACAUUCAACAUCGGAAAAAUCAGCGGCGGCCAAGCUCUCAAUGCCUGGGCUAGCAAAUGUGAAGCCGAUAUUUUCAUCCGUGUCACAACUUCGGUUAAGGAAGUCGAAGAAAUGAUGAAAAAUAUUGUGAAAGACCGUGCAACUCUUGAACCUUUGAGUUUCAACGAUCCCGUGAUUCUUGAUACCCCUUCAAUUGAUUGUGAGAUUGAUCAAGUUGCAUUUAACACUGAUAUUCCAUAUUUUGACAAUAAGGAUAAGGUUAAAGGUAGUCUUUCAUACUUACAUAUUUGAGAGAAAAUAACCCUUUCAGCAAAAUAUUUGUUUGGCGGUGGAAGUAUCAAAAUCGCUCACUCGAAAGACGAAUUCAUUGCCAAAUCUGAACUUCAUCAAUGCACUGCCACAAUUAUUAAACUCAUCCAUCAUUCAUUGAGAAAUUAA